CCCGAUCGCACCGUCCUCAGUCGUAUGCGACUGCGAUAGUGUGUUCUCAAAAUGGCAGACGGCUUGUGCACGGAUGAUCCGAGCGGAGAUGUAAUCGACCAAACUGUAUUGAACGUUUACGAUAAUGCCGUCCUUUGUGAGACGAUGGACGGUCUGAAAGAUGACGUAUGUGACAAAGUGAGCGAGAGUGAGAGUUGUGCGAUAUUCGGUAAUGAUAAUGUGUGUACCAAACAUCAAGGAAUUAUAGAGGAAGAUUGCAGGAAAAAGAGAUGUGUUGACAGAUACGACAGCUCGGAAUCUUCUGACAGCGGAGUGGCAGUGUUGAGUUGCACCGAUUGCAGCGGCAGCAGUACCGCCUCCAGCGACAUCACCGAUCCUGGAUCGCCGUUCAGUACAGCGUCGAGUCAUUCCGAGGACUCCGGCUCACAACCAGCUAAAAUGCCCCCCACGCAAACCGCCCAUCACCCUUGGCCACCUUGGACCGCCGACGAAGGACCCACUUGCAAACGCCCCGCCCCCGCCACAGCCGCCUAUCCCGAAUCCAUCGAGGACGUCAAGCGGAAGACAUGUCUCACGUUCACCGCUAAAAUCGUACCGCAGGAUAAGCUGAUCAGCAGCAGGAAUAGUAGAAAGGGUAUGCAACAAGGCAAGAUUACAGAGUAUUUCAAAUCGCAAGUUAAAUGUAAUGGUAUCAAACGAGAUAUAUUGAACAUGGUAAAGAAACCUUUGAUUGGCAAGAUGUUGGUCGAUCAACAAACGCAAUUUAACAGUCUGAAGACGCAGAACAUCCGUAAGGACCAGAAGAGGGCUGCCGCUAAGAAGAUAGUGCAAUCGAAAAUCAAGAAAAUCGCUCCGGUAUCAGUUCCUAGGAAAAUACUGCCAGCGCCAAGCAAUAUUACCGAUAAAUUAACAAUCAGCGAUCAGUUGAGCAACUUAGCCAAAUUUACGCCGACUGUGACCCUAACUGCCCUAAGCUUUCCUCCGAAUUAUACGUACAUACACGCUAAAGGCCCUAAGCCGCAAGAAUCGCCCAUAUAUGUACCCCAAAUUCCCAUACCCAUCAUCAACCGAACACCUUGUCUGAAUGUGAUACAACCAGUGCAAAAGUUAACGGCGAUAAACAACUUUAAUUGUGUCAAAUUGAACGCGACAGUGGUGCCUAUUGUCAAAAUGCCCCACAAGAUCACCAGUCCUCCCCCAGCAACUCCAUUAAGUGUUCCAGUUACUCUCCCUCCAUCACCAGCAAUGAUCCCGGGCGUUACGUUCAGCGUAGACACUGCUAUUCCCACAGUACUAUCGGCCAAACCUAGGGUACCUUCUCCUGCGAUACCUUUACUGAUGAAGCAAAGCGCGGUGCCCAGCGGUACUGGUACCGCUACUGGUACAAAAACACUGUUGGAGAACGUGCGUGAUAAAUACCGAGCCGAGGAUAACUCCAGGACAGAGGAACCGCAUAGGACUGAAGAGUGCACGCGAGAGGAGAAAUCUCCAACGCCUACUACGGAUUCGGAUAGCGGUAUAUCGAACAAAGAGUGCUUGGAGAUAAUCGAAGUGUGUGUUAGUGAACAGGUGACAGUCGAGGAGCAGAAAUCGCCCAUUCUGUCCAAGCCGAAGACGAUCCGAUUUCCAGCCAAGCAGGUCGACAAAGAAGAAGGAAAAUCGACGCAACAUUCGACGGAUGGCCAGUGUCGGUGGACUGAGUGUAAUUCUUGCUUUGAUACCAGUGGGGCCUUAUUAGAACAUCUACAGGUAAAACAUGUGAUAUCUCAAACAACUCAAGAACAUUACGUGUGUCUAUGGAUAGGGUGCAAGGUGCAUGGUAGGACGUCGUGUUCAAGAUCAUGGCUGGAACGACACGUGCUCGCGCAUGCUGGAACCAAACCAUUCAGGUGCAUAGUGGACGGAUGCGGUCAAAGAUUUACUACGCAGUUAAUGUUGGAAAGGCACGUGAAUAGUCACUUCAACUCUGAUGGUAGUCCAAAUAACAAUCUUAAGAAGUCACCAGAGAACGGAGUUUGCAAGCUGUACAAGAGAAAUGGAAAGAAAAUUAGGUUUAGAAGACAACCUUGGUCGGCACGAAUGUUCGACUUCCUGGAUUCUGGUAUUAUGGAAGGCCUUCAGUACAAGCUCCUGUUCUCUACUCAGAAAAGGACGUUAGGAAAAAUCAAUGAGCCUGGCGAUAGCGUUCAUUUACAAAGCGAAGUACUAGCUAGACGUAUAGAAACUGACGGUAGCGUGAAAUAUCUACUCAAAUGGCAUCCGGCUGAUAUCGUUCCCGACGAAUGGGUGCUAGAGAAAGAGUACAAACCCACUAAAGUAGUAUCGAUACCUCGCCUGAAUCCUUCUUCGAAAACGGCCUUAGGCCCUUCAUUGUUUCCAUCGUCGAUGAGCCAACAGGAAACAACAGCAGCACCUUUGCCAAGACAGAAACAUAGUCGUAAGCCGAUAUUCAAGCGAACGUGAUAUAAUGUUGUUAUUUAAAGUAAUAUUUAAUAUUUUUGAGCCUUUGUAUGUAAAACAAAACAAAAAAAAACGUUGAGCUAUUUGGUGAGCAUGGCUAGAUUAGGUUUUGAACUGUCAUUUGUCUACGAUGAAUUUGACGUAACAAAUGACAGUUGACAAUAGUGGUAAUUGAUAAUUGUUGUUACGUUUUAGGAAAAAUCAUAAAUUGGUGCUUUCUUGGCUUCAGACAUCAGCUCAAGGGUGCAUUAGACAUUCAAAUUAUACAAAGCGUCCUAUUUUCAGAGGACGGUACGUUUAAGUAUUUUGUUUUUUGUAUCAAGUUUGGCGGCGGACUGAAAAAAAAGAUUUAUAGUACAAAAAAAAUGUGUGGCCAUAUAAAAUAAUUGUUUGGCUCAAAUCGGGUUGCCAUUUUUUAUUUUAGUUUUAAUGAUUUAUUUUCGAGUAUUUUUUUAAUUUCUUAAUUAAUCAUCGUGUGUUAAGUUUCAUUUUUCAUUUAUUGGAUAUGAUCAAUCGGUAGAUAUCCAAAGAAAGUAUUAUUUCAUCUCAUCUAGAGGAAUUCAAAAAAUUGUCUGAAAUUUUGAACAUUCUUUAAAAGCUAUUUAAGUUUAUUUAGCAGCAGUUGGCAAGUUGGCAUUCUUAUGUUUAUUUUCUUAUUUUAGUUCUAUGCAGUUUUUUACCGCACUAGAAUGUAAUGGCUUACGUUGUUUUAAAUAAGAGUUAUGUAUGAAUUCUUGAAUAUUUUUCAAGCAGCAAUUGGCAUUCUUAUGUUUAUUUUUUUAUUUUAGUUAUAUGUGUGGUUUUUAACCGUAAGAGGUUUUCUGUCACACGCGGUUUUUCUGCCGCUCGCGAUUUUCUGCAGCGCGCGUUUUUUACCGCACCAGGAUUUUAAUAGCUUUAUUUUAAAUACAGGGUGACCCAAAUAAAAGUGGUUGAUUUUAAAUGUAAAUGCACAGCUUAUUAAUUGCUCUAAAAUAUUGGGUUUUCAAUAAUUGAUUUCCUUUAUUCAACAGUUUAUUUAAAGUUCAGAAUCAUCACUUAUAAUACUGGAAUUGCUUUUAAUUCCUUUAUACAGAAAGCUUUAAAGAUCGUUCAAUGUAUCGACUCGAAGGGUCAAAUUUCAUCAUCUCAUUCAUCAUUUCAUCAACAAAACUUCUUUAUUUGUUAAAGACUGAAUAACGAGGCGUUAGAACAAAAUUAGGGAUUAAAAGACUUUUGGCUUUGAUGAAAGUAGCGAAAAGGAUCAAUUUGUGUAGUCAUUUAUCAAAUUUUAGUUUAUGAUACAAUCCGGUCGAUGUAGGUCACCAAAUAGGUCCGGCGUUGCGUUAGAAACUACUACUUUUAAAUGGUCAACAAUUGUACUGAUAUCUACUACGUAAAAAGAAACGUAAAAACCGGAGAUUUAAAUGUGAUAUAUAUGUUUUUUUUUGUAUGUGAAGAAAUAGGAAAUAGGUGGCUCGUCAACGCACAAAUAUUAGCAAUAAUUAUUAGUUAAACAGAAAGGAAUAGGAAUGCAUUUAUUAUUCGAUUAAAGCGUCAUUUUUGCUUUAUAAUAAGGCUAAUAUUUUCACUAAACCCCCUUGGCAGCCAUCCCCACCCCUUACUCUUGGUUUUUACCCGAUCUAGUACGUUUUGAAAUGGAUCUCUGUGUGCAAAGGUUCUACGAUUCGAUUUACCUUUUUUUUUAAAUCUUGUUUUUGUAAAAUACGGUAAAUGGAUGUGUAUAUUUGUGAAAAGUCUUUCACUAUUGUAAAGUUAGGUUACGUACGUGUAUAGUAGACAAGUAAGGAAACGUUUGUUUUUUUUUUAUGUUCUAAUCGAGAGAAACUGUAUCGCGGUUUUGACCAUUUAACAACCAGCCCGAAAUCACUGCCAUUGUAACGAAAUCUGGUUGAAUAGUCGUUGAAACCUUCCGCCUAGAUAUUUUUAGGUUGAGGCAAAAAAAAACGUAAAAACGGUCGAUCACGAUUUAAAAACCUUGAUGACGUGCUUAUCGAUUUAACCGAAUGAAAAAUAUCAAUCCGGCUCGAAGGACCCAUACAAAAUUAUCGAAAUAUUAAACCGGAAUAAAUAUGACAACUCUGUUCAGGAGGGUAAAAUCUUCCUCUUUCACUGUUAACUUACUAAGGACCGUUUCCACCGUUGUGUUAAACGGAGAUUAUAAUGACAUUGUUAAUGUAAAAAUGUCACUUUAAACUUCGUUUAACACAACGGUGGAAUCGGUCCUAAGUGACCUUUUCUGCUUCUUUCUCGGAUUUAUCUCUUCCUAAUAUUGAUUAUCAAAAUAAUGCACUUUUUCGACUCUUUUUAACAAAAAAACGUUAUAUUUCUUUAGCGUUUUCAACGGAAAACCCUGCUACAUUUUUGUAACGUUUUCAAAAUUUUUGACGUUUCUAGUCAACGAAAAUCUCUGCGUUUUUUAACGUUCUCUACGCUUUUGACGAUUUCAAUUCAAUACGAUAUGGGGCAAAGGAAAGCAUCUGAAAGGCGCUGAAAGCCUCGAAGGCACUCAAAAAAGGGCGACGUUUUUUCCGUGUUAUUUCUGCGAUAUUCGUUUAACAUGUCUUCUUAUUUUUGCUUACUUUGCCAUUGCCAUAAUAACUAUUAAGGCAUUUUAAACCAAAUUAUUAUAAGUAAUGUUUUGGUUAUUAUACCUAGAUUCCAUUUUUUUUUAAUAUAAUUGUUUUUGGAUCAUUAGGGACAAAAAUCUUGUUUCUGAUGGUUUGUAUUUGCCAACAAUGUUUAAAAUUUUAACAUCUAGAGGACGAAACCUUAUCUUGUUGAUAUUCAAAAAAUUUCAAACAAUUUUGCAUGAUCGUUCGAGCCUUAUUGUACGAAUAAUUAUGUGGAUAAAUGUCAACGUGGCAUCGAUGUUUUGAUUUAAAAUGGCUUACAAAUUUAAUCAUUAUAAUUAUUAUUGUAAAGCAAAUAUUUUAUACCUUUUGGUAUACUUUAAUGCUUUUCUGAGAUUUGUCAUCCAUCUGAUUAAAAGGAAACUGCAUCUUGUAUUUCACUUAACUUCUCUUAAGUUUUGAAUAUCGAAAGAGCUUUGCCAAAUACUAGAAAUUUUCGGCGUAUCGUGGGUUUUUAAAUACGCAGAUCGAUCGUUUCCGGAUUUUUAAGCAUAAUUUGUACAUGUAAUUUUUUUAGUUGUAAUUUUUGUGUGUUCGCAAUGUUAAUAUACAAAAUAAUUUUUAAAUAAUUAUACAUAUAUACAUAUGCUUUUAAAACAAUUUCUCUAUAUAUUUUUUUUCGUUUAGUUAUUCGUUCUUCUCUUCGUUUGUUACAUUCCUAUUUUUUACCUUUCCGAUUUUCUUUUAAGCUUUUCAUUGAUAAAUCAAUAAAGUAAUGUCAGUUUGUAUUUAUUUUUGAACUUGUGAUCCGUUUUGUUCGAUUUGCGUUUUAGCUGAGAUUCGUUGGAGUGUCAAAUGCGUUUCUUGGGUCGAUAAAGGAUGCGAAUUAAGUAAAAUUAAAUGUCAAACUCGACCUAUUAGAAGCUCAUUAGCGUCUAAACCAUAAAUUGUAUCCGUCACUUCAAUUAUAUCAAAAAUAAACGUCAAAUGACAGUUUUGAUUUGACGACUACUCUAAUGGGUUUCUGAAAAAGUCGACAUUUACAUAAAAGGCUAAAAAAUGAUUCAAAAUUACAAUAAUGCGUGGUUUUGUUGAUAUUUUUAUUUUGUCAUGGAUUUGGAGAUUCUAAUAAAUGUAGACGUGGUUUGCGAACAAGAAAAUGACGUUUUGGUAGAGGUUACGAGCUAUUUAGAAUCCAAACUUUCUUACAAACAUAACAGUUUACUGUUGAAUAUUUUCUGAAUAUGGGUAAAUUGCUGAAAUACUGGCGUUUUCUUUAACGGGGAUCGAUUUGUACCCGUAACAUUUUAAAUUGUAAAUUUUAAUUUUUCCAACAAAUAUCGAGAACGAAGUUGAAAAUUAAUAAAUUACUAAAAUUUCGGCAUUUUCUGACGUAGGUCGAUUGCAAGUCAUUUGUAACUAUUAACGUUUUCAUUUGUAAAAUCUUAAUUUUUCCAACAACUACCAUACUGUUCGCAAACUGUGCCAUACUGUUCACAAGGCUGGUGCAGUUUUGUGGACAGUAGGGUUCAGUCUGGUAGACAAUAUGGCGUAGAAUGUGCAUUUCAGCAUUUUCUGACGUUGGUCGAUGGUAAGUCAUUAACACUUUCUAGUUUUUAAAUCCUAAUUUAUCUUUUAAACGAAGUAGAACGUUAAUAAAUUAUACAAAUUUUUAAAUUUUUCUGACCUUUGUCAAGAGUAAGUCAUUUGUAAUCAUAACGUUUUUAUUUGUAAAUCUAAAUUUUUCCUACAAACCUCGAGAGCGAGUUUUUCUGCAAUAAUCCAAAAAAUAUCCACUCAUUACCUAUUUACCAAACUUUUGAGGAAGGUCGUUUGUAAAUAAUUUACAAUUAAGUGCAAAAAUCAAUUUACUAUUUGUAGAAUUGAUAGAAAUAAAGUAUCUAUUUUCUUAACGUAGCUCAAUAUUGUUUUUAAGUCCUUAAUAUUUCGAAAGUAGCAUAAACAGAGGUAAUUUCUCGAUUAAGAUCGUUCUUAAGUCAUUUGUAACUGUCUGUAAUUAUAAGAUCACCAUUUGUUAGGCAGUUUAGAUUCAAGCAAUUAUUUACAAAUAGUAUGUGGGUAUUUUAUAGAAAUAGAUCAAUUAUAAGUCAUUAGUAAAUGUUUUGUAACUGCUCAUAAAUCGCUUGUAAGAAUUAUUGAUUGGCUUAAAAUCUCCUAUAUUUCAGAAAAUAUUCGUUAUAAUUAUACAAUUAAGGAUAUUAUAAACAUAAAUCGUUUGUAAGCUGAUAUAAUAUAAGCAAUAAUCAUUUCCAUGUAAUAGGUGUAUGUAUUUUUUGGCCGCAAAUUAUUUGUAGGUCAUUAGUAACUAAUAGCUCAUAAGCUUCAAUCAAAAAUAGUUUGAAUUUCACCACUUCGCUUUUACAUAUAUCCCUCACUUUGACCAUCCAAGACUCAAUUAAAACGUGAACAUCAGCAAUACCAAUCGAUACAAGCAAACAAACUUAAAGAGAGAGCCUAUCAAAUAUCAAACAUUCGGUUGUUCUUGAUUCUAUUGAAUCUGAAAACUUCACACUGCCCCAAUACUGCCGGCUAACGCUACACUUAAAAAUCCAUAAUAAUAAGAGCGUAUCUACGAUCAAAGCCGAAUACGAAGCUUCCAGAUUUACAAUUUUUAAAAGACUUAGACUUGAACGGCCAUUUUCUAUCUGUUCCGUCGAUAUACUAUCAAAAAUGCAUUUAUCCAACCGGAAUUUUAAAUCGAUUUAACGCCAAUUACAGUCUUUUUUUUUAUUGAUUGGAAUGUAGAUUAAAUGGCUAUUGCAGUAUUUUUUAACGAUGGAUACUAGUGUACUGUAUUAUAUCUUGACGCUCACUAGUAAGUGUUUACUAUACAUUGUUGCAUUUUAAAUUAUAAGAAUUGAAAAAAUAAUAAUAAUCAACUGAAUUUUUCUUCCGGAUAGAAAAUGGCUGCCAUCUAAUACUUCUGUUAAAAUAAAUGUGUUCAUUCGUAUCGCUUUAUUCAGUAGGACGUUUUUUGAGUACACACAGUGUCUUUAAGAAUAAAAUAUUCUGCAUUUAGUAGUAAAAAAUCCAUAAAUCAUUUUUUUAAAUCAACGCACAAUUUUUUUUAAGUAAUUGCGUGCUGCGAUAUUUGUAAUUUAUAUGUUGUUUUGUUAUUAAAUUUAUUAAGACUUGAUAAAAGCUUAUUUGUACCUCUUUCACCAUUUAUGUCACAAUCCAAGUGUUCACCGAGUGCCAUUUGUCUAUUUCCAUAACAUUAUUUAUCAUCCCAACUUUUAUACGAAAUAUGAACGUUUAGAUAUGUUACUUCAAUUAAUUGAACAGUUUUCUUAAAGUUACAAGAACCAUGACACAACAAUUUGUAUAAAUAUAAAUCGGGAAAUAUCUCAUAUUGAGACUUUCGCGUUCAAAGCACAAAGAAGGGUUUUAAGUCUCGUCAGUCGGACCGAAAACUGAACUGUUUUUACAGUCUAGUUAGUCGGACCGAAGACUAAACUGUUUUAACAGUCUUCUUAGUGCUUUUAUAGCCAUCCUGAAGUCUAACAAACAAAUUUUUAAAUGAAUAUAUUUCGUAUACUUUAACUGUCAUUUAUUUCAAAUGUAAUUAAUCUUCCAAGUGAUCUCAAAUAUGUCAGGACAAUGAAAAUCUUUCCAGUUGACGCUCUCCUUUUGGGCACAUGUCUAUUGCGUUGAACGAAAAGAUUUCCAUGAACUGACAGUACUUAAUCCAUAAAGUUCGAAAUUUUCGCUGACUUUUGGCCCUUGGACUUGUUUUUUUAUUAAUAAAAUUAGACUGAAAUCGAAUACAAAUUAAAUUAAUUUUAUACAUGACUGAUUUGUUUUAAAUGCAAUGAAUCCAAACGCUGUUUCCUGCUGCUUUUUCACCAUCGCCCAUUGAAUGUAGUGACCUGUAAAUACGAAAGAAAAAUAUUUUAAUCAAACGAUGUACUUAGAUUCAGAGGUGACGGUGGAAAAGCUUUUGGUGUACAUAAACUUUGAAACCGUAGAGCUACAGAUCAAGCACUAUUAGUAAUACACAAAACAAAAAUUCGUUGAUGUUUGAUUUUAGAAUCUAAAUCUUUUUUUUUUUUAUAAAAAUCAGCUAUUUUUAAAAUGUUUGGCUAAAAGUUUGAUAAAAUGCAAGACAUAAUGAGAAAAUAACUUUAAAAAAAAUUAAUUUUAGUGAUUAUUUAGGGAAAAUAUAGACUAUUUUACGUCAUCCUUUAACCUCCUAACACACAUAUCAAUUGGUUAAUUCUAAUUUCAUAUUGUCUGCAUACAUACUAUUACUGUUUCACUUUUUAUAUUCUAGCAGUCCUCUUUCAACUCCUCUGUUACAAUUUGAACUAGUGACAUUAACUAGUCUGACGGAAGCCGGACUUAUAUUUACAGUCUUACAAUGGAUGUCUUCUAUUCGGAUACACACACACAGUACUUGAGCCUAAGUCGGGAAGGUUCCUAUCCUGUUAAACUGGAACGAAACCCGCCAGACCCCACCUACCCCCCUGACAUCCUCCCUACAGGUGGCCUCAAAUUUCAAUCCUUUGAUUAGUAUGCCAUUCCUUUUUAAAGGGCUGUGAAGGAUGACAUUAUCAUCAUUUAGACAGGGUUUGCUGAGGACAUUUCCCUGUUUCGUCGUCCAUUUGUUUGUCUUGUAUGUGCUCGUUCUGUGAGAGUCGCCACUUGUGAAAGCUCCCUCAGUCUCCUACUUAGCGACUAGGAGGACCUUCUCCUCCAGGUGGAUAGUCGUCAGUUGCUCAGUCCUGGUCUGAUUCGCGUGUUGCGUUCUGUAAGAGUAUUCUGAAAGAGAAUCUUAUAAUCUAUGAGUGUCUUAAGUUUUGCACCCACUAAGGUUUGGUCACUCUUCGCCAUAGUCCAGUACUUUAAAUGAUCUGGUGUGUCUUCUAUAAUCUGCUCUUUCGUACUCUGCUAAUUCUCUCAGUUCCAUAUUUGGGUCCUUAAUUUUUCGAAGGUGUCAGUGGCCUUCUUGUGGAUGAGGUCUAGGACCCUUUUAGAUUCUAGAUCCCUCAUGAUUGUCAUUUCUGGUGUACCUAUAGGCAUUUGUUUUACAGGUGUAUUCCCAUGCCGUCGAGGCGUACAUAAGGAUGGGUAUUAUGACUGCCUGGAUGAUCCUCAUUUUCGUCAAGAGUAAAAGUUUACUUCUAUAUCCUAUUAAGCAAUUCAGUAUUGCUCUUGCUUGUUUUGUUUUAUUUACUAACAUGUCCACAUACUUGGUGAAGGUGAGUCCUAGAUAUUUGGCUUGAUUGGUCCAUGGGAUGUUCUGUCCAUUCAUCGUGAUUUCUUCUCCUGGUAGGUGAUGUCUCUUCUUAAACAUAAUAGCCUGUGUCUUCUCCGUGUUGAUCUUGAUCUUCCAUCUUAUGCACCAUUCUUCUAUGUCUUUCGCUGUAUCCUAUAGAUAUCUUGUCUGCUUGGUAGUAUGUUGGGUUUUCGGGAUAUCUGCUGUGUAAAUGGUAUACAGCAGUGGUGACAGUACCGCUCCUUGAGGUACUCCCGUUUCUGGAAUUCCAGGUCGUGAUAGGACAUGUCCCAUCUUGAUCCAGAAUUGCCUUCCGCAGAGGUACGAUCUGAGCAGUCCUGUUAUUCUUGCUGUGUACCCUUGGUCUUUCAUCUUGAAAUUCAGCCCAGCAUGCCAUACUCCAUUCGGAUAAAAGACUAACAAUCCUUUUUAUUGACGUUUAAAGACGGAUGACUAAACUAUCAGUCAUUUUACUGACGUUUAAUAGUCUGACGGAGGACUAAACAACAUUAACAGUCUCUUUUUAUUGACUUUAACUAGUCGGACGGAAGAUUUAAUGCUUUUACGGUCUUAUUUCCAGAAACAGAUACUUUUUGGGGUAUUUUCUGAUUGUGGCUUGUGCAAUCCUUGUAAAUAAUCGUAAAUUUAAUAAAAAUAAACCGAAUUAUGGCUACAAAUUGUGCCUUGAACUUUGACUUCUUAUGUCGAUUUAUGUUUUGUGUGUAAACUUGUGGUGUUUGAUCUAGCAGCGAUAACUUUCAUUCACUGUAAAAUAAGUAUGUUUAUUUUUGUUUAAAAUCAUAAACAUAAUUUGUAUCUACCAAAUAUCUCUAAUUCAGAUAAAUAGAAAAAGAAAAUUAUUCUUUUACCAUUGCAUUUAGGAGCGUCUCUAAAGAGUAAGACUGUCAAAAAGAAUUAUAUCGUAACGAUGUAGGAAAUUUUAUAAACUAGUUGCAUUUACUUUUUAAGAUAUCGACAAAAAAUUGUUUUUUUUUUUAAAAUAAUUUACUGUGUUCAUUUUUAUUGUAUUUAUUAAUUAAUUUAUCAUAGUUUAUUCGUAAUACAUAAUUAUAAUAAUUGAUGGAAGCGGAAAAGAUCGCCAGUUUUGUUUUGCAAAUUUACGACAAAAACGUGUAACGUAAGAUUUCUGAAAAUAAUUUACACGAAUACUAGAAUAAUUUAAUGUUAAUUUUUCAAGUAAUAACUUUUUCCAACUGAUGAUUAGUUGUAUAGAUGGUAGAUUAAAAAUUGUAUAAAUAAAUCAUUUAAAUCCAGAAUAUUGUUUUCGUUUUUAUUCUUAUUUACAUCCUUCAUGUUCUAUCUAUUUUAAGUGUUUCGAGGACUUUAAUCACUAUUAAUUAGAAUGAACAUAAUUUUGGGAGAUGUCGUUAAAUAAUAUAAAAUCAUUUUUGACACAUGAAGUUUGUAUUGUUUAACAUCAAAUGUCAUUGGAAAUGAUUUUUACCAGAUGAAGUUUGUACUUCCAAACGUCAAAUAUAAACUAUUUUUGACAGCUGAAGUUUGUAAUGUCAUACGUCAAAUGUCAUUAGAAAUUAUUUUUGACAGAUGUGCUUUGUACUAUCAAAUGUCAGUAGAAAUGAUAUUUGAUAAUGACGUUUGUACUGUCAAACGUCUCUAGAAAGUUCAACGGGCGAGUGAAAAUAGAAAAACUGGCUAUUAACUUAGACGGCCAUCGUCAAAAGUUUCUAUAUGUUAAGUGGACGCAUAAUUAUUUUUCUACCUGUAAACACAGACGAAGUUUUUGCUUAUUUUGGUUGUAAAGAGCUGUCAGGUUUGUGCCGAGUGUCUGAGAAGGAUUGUAACGUUAUCCUUACAGUGAAAAUAAAAUUAUCGUUGGUUCACAAGAAUAAUGAUAUAACUCAAACAUUUUCAUUUUAUGUGGAAGAACGACAUAUUGCUACUUCCAAAAAUGACAGCUUGAAAGCGUACUAGAAAGUUGUGAGAGUAUCAUAAUGAAAAAUCACGCACAUCUAAUUGCCAUCUUCGAUAGUCAACGAGUCAAAAUCACCAAUUUUCGGCUAGAGUGACAAAUCAAAAUAUGCCAGUUUUAUUAAAAAUUAAUUAAAAACCUUGACAAGUCAAAAUAGGAUAAUUAAUGUGGAAUAUCGUCAUUGCUCAAAAGAAGGAUGAAAUUAUAAUAUUUUUGGAUUUUCUCUAAAUAAUAUCCAAGUAAACUUGUUAUUGUUUGAAUACAAGGUGAACAAUAAAGUUUAUUCCCAAAAAAAUUAAAUAUUUUUAAAAUGAAAAAUUAGGAAACAAAAAAACUUGACGUCGUCGGGAAUCUAUGUUUUUGAGUUGUAUCACUGUUCUUGUGUACCAACAAUAUAGCUCCAAAACUAUGUGACAUACGACAAAAAUGGUCAUGACCUUUUUUUAUACUAUUAAUUUCCUAUCUUUUUGUUUUAAAUUAAUUUUUGUAAUGUUUAUAUUUAUGGAUAUACAGCGCAACAAACUAUUUCUAACCCUCUUUCGAGGCUGUAAUGACUUAUCAAAGUUAGUAUCUAAAGUUCUUUUCUACUAGGAUUUGUUACCUACUUUUUUAUUUUUUCUAGAAAGCUUUUACGCACGCCUCUGCGUUAUUCAGUGGCAGUAUGGGGAUUCUACUACCCACCAAAAACCAACUUCUAUUUAGGUCCACCUUAGCGCUAUAAUGUCGGGGGGACCACCGUUUUUUACUUUUCUCUAUUUUUCCUCUUCACCUAGCAUCUAUCUAUCUGAAUUAGGGCGUGGUUGAGCGCCCACUUGUACUGAAGCUCUAGGCUUAUUGUACCCCUCACAGUUUCUAUUCCAUCAGAUUGAUUUUCUUGAUAAAUUCAAGAAUAUGUCUGAUGGGUGCUUUCGCAAUGUCUUCAGAUUCCAGAUAUUGCACCCCGAAGUACCAUUCCCGUUCCCAUUUAAGGUUCCGACAGUGGCAUAGUAUAUGAAUAGGAGUUUCGUCCUCCUUUUCACAUAUUCUACAUAGGGAGUCAUAUCCCUAAGAAAUUUAGGUGUCUUCUAAGGCCGCAGCGUCCCGUAAGAAGUUCUAUUACGGCCUUGAGUUCGCUUCUGCUAAGGUUUAGCAGUUGAUGUUGUCUGCUCGUGGAUGGCCCCUCUAUGAAUCUUUUGGACUAUCUAAGUCCAGGAAGUUCCAACCAGAGCCUAUAGUGUUCUCUAUUUAUUUGUUCCUUUAGCUCCCAUUUAAGGAGGUCUGCUUUCUCGUUUCCAAACACUCCCUUAUGUCCUGGCACCCAUUCAAGGGUGACCUUGUUAGGUUCUGCCAGGGCCUGGAGGGACUGUUGGCAAUCAAAUAUUGAUUUAGAUUGUACUUAUACCCUUUUCAAUGCUUUAAUGGCUGCCUGACUGUCUGUCAUGAUAAAGAUCCUCUUAUUUCUAAGAGAGUAAUUUGCCAUGACUUUGGCGCAGGUCCCAGGUUCAAACUAAUGGUCCUCCCUGAGUUCACAUGGUAGAUCCCAGCUCCUGUGCUGUUUUUCAUUUUCGAACUGUCUGUAUACCAGAUUGAUUCGUUUUGUUUUUCCCUAUUUUCCCGGCUUUUGGCCCUUUCUGGUAUUUGAAUAUCGAAAGGUUUCCUGAAGUCGUGAAUAAUGGUCGUUCUAUCCGAUGGCAUUCUUAGUACCGGAUUUUGUUUUAAUUUCUCUAAUAUCAUUGUAUCCUUUUCUCGAAAGUUCCUAUAUAAAUCCAUUAGUAAACAGCUUGUAUGCCGCCACCAUAGCCUCUUUCUCCACCACAAGGUAUAUUCACCUAGCAUAGUUCGCUUAGUCUCAUUUCCUCCAGGUUAAAAUCCAGGGUUGAUAUUUCGUUGCUCUAUCUGUUACACCGAAAAAUGAUGUGCUUAGAACCAUUCAUCUCUUCAUCAUCAGAAGCUCAGCUCGCAUCUGGGACCUUUCCAAUCCUGUGUAUGUACGGUCUAAAACACCCAUGCCCACUGAGAAAAUGAGUUAAAUAAUAAUCAAUCGGUUUGAAAGGACAUGCAAGGAUUUCGUACUUAAUAGUAUCUCUAUUGCCUAGCCAUACUUUAUGGCGUUCUUUUUCUAGUUAUUCUAUUUGUGACAAAUGAUACAUUUCAAUUUGUCUUACACAGAAUUAUUUAUUUAUUUAUUAAUAUCGAUACUUUCAUUCUUCAAUUUCAGGCCACUAAUUGGGAUUCUUUCUUCUCUUGGAUCCAUUACAUUCAUUAUUUUCUAUUUCUGGCAGUGCUAUCAACUCUAUUAAAGUUUUAACCUUAUCAAUUCCGAUCUAUUCAAUCUGGUCAACCCAUUUCCUCCUUGGUCUUCUAAAAUUAAAUUACAUAUUUAAAAUAUGUACAUUUGUAGAGAACCGCCUAGCAUAAAUAUUUUUGCCCAUAUCCAUAGUAGGUAUAUAUCAUAUAAAAUGCCACCCAUAUACAUCGCAGGUUCUUUCUUAUCUAAGAGGGUUAGAACAACCACCUUUCUUGUAUGUUGGUAAUAAUAAGUUGUUAUCCCAAUCUUUUGGAAUGUUGUGCUUUUCCCAUGCCUCUCUGCAUAUAUUUCACAAUCAUUCUUUUCUUUUUUCUUUUAUACAUUUAACAUUAUCUAGAGCUAUAUGCCGUCCUCGUCAUUUGCUUUCCCUAGUUUUCUUCUCCGUCCAUAUUUGGUAUUCAAGGACGAUUAUUUUUGAUAAAUUAUGGCACGUCUGUCACAAAGAAUAUGACUUUUGAUUUAUGACAAAUACAUCCUUCAAACAAUUUUGACUUUUGACAGAUAACAAAAUAAUUUCAAUAAAGCAAAUGUUAAAUUGUCAAUGGAUUGACAAUUGAAUAAGAACUUUAAUUAUUUUACAAUACAAAUUUAAUUUUUUUUAGCUCUAUUAAAUUCUAUAUUAUUUAACAUUAAAAAUAUUUUUAUUUGAAUUUUUUUCUUUUAAAUUGAUGGAUAGUACUGUCUAAAUUAUUCUAUAUAAAACAUAUUAUUAUAAACCUAAUAUGGAUAAAAAAUUGUACCAAAUGAAAACAUUGAAUUAAUUAUUAAACAUUUGGCGUUUUUUCCCCUUUCUCCUUUAACCAUAAUAUUGGAGAUUGUUUAACAAAAAUGGUUAAUAUGAAGCGAAUGAGAUUUUUUUUAAUAAGAUAUGAAACUGUUGUAAAGUAGAGGCAUAGUUUAAUGAUGUUGGUGGCGAGAAGAACCACUUUGUUUGGUGGUACUUGCGCUAAAUAUGUGUUAGUGGAUGAUUUUAGAUUAUAUAAAUAUAAAAAGUACUGAGAAAAUAAUUUGAAAAAGUGUACAAACAGUAGAAAACCGUUCAAAUAAAUACCAAGGGGAAACUUGACGAAAUCCAAAAAAUGGAUUUAAGAAAAUACAUUUUUCAAAAUAUUUUGCAACUCCCAGUACGUAUGAUGUAUAAAAGCUUUGACUAUGAAUUGGAUAAAUUUAAAAAAAAUUCUAUUUUAACCCAAUUGGUAAUUGUACGUAUCAAAAAAAAUAUUAUGACAUUGUAGAUGAGAAAGCAUCUCCAGGACCGUAAUUGUGGAGAUUUGCCCCGGAGAUACUUUUUAGAAAGAGAUAAAAGUUAUUUGAAAUAGAAUGGUAGAUAUGGAUAAAUAUGUAUAGAAAUUUGAUUGUCAAAGAUAUUUGCAAUUGUGUAUUAUACGAUUGUAAAUUUAUAGAAUAAUUCUAAAAUUAUUUAAUGGAAACAGAAAUCAGCGAUUGGGUAGACAGACAAAAGCAAUUAUAUGCCAUUACCAAAUUAGUUUUAAAAAAAGGUUAUUUUUCGGAAAUUUUAGAAAAUUGAAUGAAGUAUUAUAUAAAUAUUCUAGUAAAUAUUGCGAAUAUCUUUGGACAAUCAAAAGAAUAAUUUAAGAAAGCAAAAAGAAAACAAUUUUCAAUAAAUUUAUUACUUGUAUAUAUUUAAUUACAC